CAAAAGGGAUGAUUGCAGCUGCUGAACAGAAGCACACGGACUUGUGCUGCCGAGUCCUGUUCAUUUAGAGAGAGGAGGAAGACCUGUUUGGAGAAGUGGAGAUCUCGUGGAGUGCAAAGGAGACAAGAAACUAAGAAGAUUUUAUGAGAAAGAGCAGACUAGCCUGUUAAAGAAGGUGCUGGGAGGCAACACGUGAGAGGGCACACACUUCUACUGUACCUGCCCACACAUUUAUACCCACCCAGCAUGGACCGGGACAGUCACAGCGAGGAUACUUUGUCCACCCUGGUUCUGGAGAACAUCAAAAACAAACUGAUUCAUGCCUUCAGGGCCACAGGGGAGUCCAGAGAAAAUCCUCAGGACUCUGGCUCCACUGUCAGACCGGUCAGCAUCGGCAGGAGUUACCAAGCCAACGAGGAGCUGCGGAGGGCGCAGAUAGAUGGAGCGAUAACCUGGCUGAGGUCUGAGCUGCUGGAGAUGCGCUCACAGGACCUCCAGCUGGCUCAGACACUACUGGGGCUCAACACAGAGAUCCAAAGACUGAGGAGGGAGAGUUUCGGAGGUGUGGAAGUAGAGGGGGAUGAUCAGCAGUAACUAACCCCAGUGGAGAGAUCUCUUUCUGGGGGAAGACUUAGUAGUGACUAGAUGUGGAAGAACGCUCUCACUGGAUCCCAUGUCGGACCAGGAAAUGGCUCUGAUGAACAGAAAAGAUCAUUUACUCGUGAUAAUGGCUCACUGUGAUAAAAUGUGUCGUGGUAAAACGCAGACACCAGUUGCAUGCAAAGGAAAAGAAAAGAAGAAUAAAAUGUGCUUUCUUUUGUGUGAUGCUGGAAUUUUUUUUUUUAGAUAUUUUGCACUUAUUCAGAGUUGUACUAAAGAAACCUGUUUGUUCAUGUUUUGUUUCUUUGCCAGGUCAGAACACAAGGCAUUAUGAAUGUAAAAAAUGAAAUAAAAAAUCACUUUUGUCCCAAUUUUAUGUUGACAUGUUUUGUGAUUUGACAAAAAUAAAGUGU